AUGGGUGAUCCGUCAGAGUCGUGUUCCUUUGAGGAUCUCAUCCAAUCGAAGCUGUUCACCUUCUACAUCGGCAAAGAGAAGAAAGCGUUUGUUGUGCACUCUAAAGCGGUCGCCGCGACCUCAUGGCAUUUUCAUGCUCUUGUGAACAAUGGCAUGUCACAGUCGCAGGAAGAGUCUGUAGACUAUCCAGACAUGGAACCGGAUGACUUUGCCCGAUUUGUUGAGUACUCGUACCGUUACGACUACACUGCACCGUCUUGGGUUCAGGAUGACAAAGUCGCGCAGAGCGACAAUAAAGAGGGAACCGACCAUAGUGAUGAGGAUCCGUAUCCGAUUUCGAGCAGAUCGCCAGGCGGAGCGAAAGGGGCAAAAAAGAUGGCAGGCGCUAACUCAACAACUCAACCCCUGCGCCAAAGCUUCAGCCAGCGCGAAUACCUCAUGUCACAAGAGCCCAAGACCAUAAUGCUUGAACGCUUCCUGCCCCCAGAGAACUCCGCGCCAGAACAAGAUUUCACACCUAUCUUCUUAGCGCACGCACGUAUCUAUACCUUUGCCUGUAUGCGUCUCAUCGACCCUCUCAAACGCCUAGCUCUACACAAGCUCCACCAAAUCCUCCUCAGGUUCAAGCUCUACGAUCGACGAGUCGGUGAUGUGGUUGAGUUGGCUAGAUAUGCGUACGACAAUGGGGAAGACAGGAAGCCUGAUGGAUCCAUCGAGGAUCUCAGGAAGCUGGUGGUGGAAUACAUAGCCUGUGAAGUGUCGACCAUCGGCAAGCAUGAAGCAUUUGCUCCCCUGUUGCAAGAGGGCGGAGAGUUUGUGGUGGAUUUCUGGCGUAUCAUCGCUAAAGAGAAUUUGUCUUUGUAG